GUGGUGGAACUCAGAUGGCAAAUAGUGGAUCAAAAAAUAAAAGCUAUGAUGCUUACUUCGAGUCAAUUCAGACCAGAAAAAAACUUCCACAUUCUUUACAAGAGGCUUUGACAUCUGCAUUUGAGAGAAUCCAUGUUUCUUCCUUUCCAAAUGUUCCUGGAGGAAAAGUGAUUGAGAUUCGAGCAGACACACCGAUUGGCGAUGCAGUUAAGAUCCUAUCAGAAUCGAACAUCCUGUCAGCUCCGGUAACUAAUCCUGAUGCACAAAACCCGAUGGAUUGGAGGGAUAGGUAUUUGGGGACUAUAGAUUACUGUGCAAUAGUUUUAUGGGUGCUAGAAGGUGCAGAAUUGGCUGCAGCUGCUCUGGCAGCUAGUUCAGCCGCGGCUGCUGGUGUUGGAGCAGGUGCUGUUGGUGCCCUCGGUGCACUUGCAUUGGGCGUGACAGGACCAGCUGCUGUUGUUGGUCUAACUGCUGCUGCAGUCGGUGCAGCUGUGGCUGGUGGUGUGGUUGCUGAAAGGGGGUUGGGUAAAGAUGCUCCAACUGCUGCUGACAAAUUGGGUGAGGACUUUUACAGAGUUCUGCUUCAAGAAGAACCUUUUAAAUCCACCACUGUAAGAUCAAUACUCCGAUCAUAUCGUUGGUCACCUUUUCUUCCAGUUGGAAUGGACAGCUCAAUGCUGACAGUGUUGCUGCUGCUUUCAAAAUAUCGGCUGAGGAAUGUUCCUGUUGUUGAACCAGGCCAACCAUUUGUUAAGAACUUUAUCACUCAGUCUGCAGUUGUGCAUGGCCUAGAGGGAUGCAAAGGCCGAGAUUGGUUUGAUUGUAUUGCUAAAUACAAUAUAUCUGACCUCGGGCUUCCUUUCAUGUUGGGGAGUGAGGUUAUUACCAUUGAGAGUAGUGAUUUGAUCUUGGAAGCUUUUAAGAGGAUGAAAGAUAACCAAAUAGGAGGCCUUCCGGUUGUGGAAGGGCCGAAAAAGAAGAUUGUUGGGAAUGUGAGCAUAAGAGACAUCAGAUUCUUGCUUCUCAAACCUCAACUUUUCUCCAAAUUCAGUCAGCUGACGGUGAUGGAUUUCUUGAAGACUGUUGCGGAGGAAACUCCGGAGGCUAAGAGGGUCGUGGUGCCGAUAACAUGUCAAACUGAUUCAAGUCUUGGAAACGUAAUCCACCUUUUGGACUCAAACUCGGUUCAUAGGAUUUACGUAGCGGGUAAAGAAAACGAAGUUGCCGGGGUCAUUACACUCAGGGAUGUAAUAUCUUGCUUCAUUUACGAACCACCAAACCAUUUCGACAGUUAUUUUGGAUUUGCUGUGCAAGAGAUGUUGAAAAAUUGAGCUCAACUGGCUGGCUGUUUAAUUUCUUGUGAUAUUUUGGACCUUUCUCAAUACAUUUCUUCAAAAAUAUUUUAGUUUAUAGGGAAAGAAGAAGACCUUGUAUUUAUUUACUCUACUUUCUAAAGUACCCUAACAUAAGGACAUUCAAUAUUAGUGACAAUUCCUUC